UCCUUCUAGACGCCGACAAGAAAGCGUGGAAAAUUUGCGUUUAGCUUUAAGACCUAUAAACUUCUUAAAAGGUCAGUGGGAAGAUCAUGGCUUUGAGUUACCGGUCAGUGAAGUCAAAUAUCAGGUCCAGAGGAUCUCAUCAGCCCUCUGCUCCAGUGGACAACUUUAAGGAGGCGCAGCAAAAGCUGAAGGAAGAGCGUGAGGCCAAGAGAGCACAGCUGGACAGCAGACAUGACUAUGUUCUUAGCAUUGUGUCCUCAUGUGUGGGCCUGGAGAAAGCUGAAGUGGAAGAUGCGAUACUGGAGGGCACGCAGAUUGAACGAAUAGAACAGUUCUUUUCUGCCAACGGCCUUCACCACCUCAUUUUAUACUACCAGGAAACAGAGCCUGUGGACGCAACCGUGUCCUCCUCAGUGAUUCGCAGUAAGAAAGCCAAGGUCUUUGUGACGGAAGGCACGGAUGUGGCCCUCAAUGGAAUUUGUGUAUUUUUCACCCGGGCAAACACCUCCAAGCCUAUCACAUCAGAGAAUAUCCACAGGGAUGUGAACUUUAACAUGCUGGACACCACGGGUGUUGGUCUGCUGAAGAGCGUGGAGCAGCUGCUGUCAGAGAUCUUCAUCCCCACUCUGAGGAAGAUGAACCACGGCUGGGGAGAGCUAGCAAGCCCCCAGGCUCAGGCUGUCAAGCAAGACUUUAUUAGCUCUCUGGACAGCUUUGUCUCUGUGUUAGCUGGGGCACAGGAGAGCCUGCAGGAAAAGGUGAACCUCAAAGAAUGUGAAACAUUUGACUUGAAAACAUUAAAAGGCCCUUCAGAUUACACAGCUGUGGCCAAUAGCACAGAAGCUCUGGAGAAGAUCGAAGCCUGCAUGAAAACAUGGAUCAAACAGAUUGAACAGGUCAUUGCAGAGAGUGACCAGCUAAGAAAAGAGGCAGACGAUCUGGGUCCCCGUGCAGAGCUUGAUCACUGGAAGAAACGCAUGUCCCGUUUCAACUACCUGCUGGACCAGCUGAAGAGCCCUGAGGUCAAAGCGGUGCUGGGGGUUCUAAUUAUAGCCAAGUCCAAACUGAUUAAGGUUUGGCGGGAACUAGACAUCAGAAUCACUGAUGCGGCAAAUGAGGCCAAAGACAAUGUGAAGUACCUGUACACCCUUGAGAAGUUCUGUGACCCGCUGUACAACAGCAACCCCGUGUCCAUGGUAGAAGCUAUUCCUGGUCUUAUAAACGCAAUACGUAUGAUCCAUAGCAUCUCUCGUUACUACAACACCUCAGAGAAGAUCACCUCCCUUUUUGUCAAGGUUACAAAUCAAAUGAUCACUGCCUGUAAGGCCUAUAUCACAAACAACGGCUCAGCAACCAUAUGGGAUCAGCCACAGGAAGUGGUAUCUGAGAAGCUUAAAGCUGCUAUUCGCUUGAAUCAGGAAUACCAGAAAUAUUUCCAAAAAACCAAGCAGAAACUGGAGGAGAAUCCCUCGGAGCGCCAGUUUGACUUUAGCGAGAUGUACAUCUUUGGCAAGUUUGACACAUUUCAACGGCGGCUGAACAAAAUUCUAAACAUGUUUAGCACCAUUACCACCUACAAUGCCCUGCAGGACUCCAAAAGAGGACUGGAAACCAUGGCAACCAGAUUUCAGGCCAUUGUGUUGACCAUGAAGAAAAAACAGUACAGUUUUCUGGACCAAAGAAGGACAGACUUUGAUCAGGACUAUGAUGAAUUUUGUAAACAAACCAGUGAACUUCAUAACCAACUGAGAAAUUUCAUGGACAACACCUUUGACAGAAUUCAAAAUACUGAGAGGGCUUUAUAUGUGCUCAAGAAAUUUGAAAGGCUUGACAUCCCAGACUUGGGCAUCAGCGAGAAGUACCGGAAAAUUCUGCAAAACUUUGGAAGGGACAUUGAGAUGAUCUCUCGAAUUUACACCAAGCAAAAGACAGACCCCCCCAUUGCUCCAGAUCUCCCUCCGAUCUCAGGGAAGAUCCUCUGGGCUCGGCAGCUGUACAGCUGCAUCCAGGAGCCCAUGGAUCUCUUCCAGCAGAUGCCUGGGCUACUCAGCACCCCAGAUGCCAAACCCAUCAUUCGUAAUUACAACCGGGUGGCCAAGGUGCUGCUAGAGUUUGAGGUGCUUUAUCAUCAGAGCUGGAUGGCACAGGUUGAAGCAGUUAAAGUUGGCCUCCGAGCCUCUUUGCUCGUCAAGAGUCCAGAAACCGGGGAGUUGUAUGUUAACUUUGACCCCCAGAUUCUGACCCAGAUUCGAGAAACAGACUGCAUUCUAGGAAUGGGCCUGGAGAUUCCACCUUUUGCAGCCAUCUUGCAGCAGAAAAAGGGUUUUAAAAAGAACUACAAUAAACUUCAGCUGAUGGUGAGAGAGAACUCCAGGGUGAGGUCUAAGAUCCAGCCAGCCUUUGAACAAUUGCUCAUGCCACAUGUGACUAAAGUAGAUGAGGCCAUCCUGCCCGGUCUGACAUCCCUCAGCUGGACCUCUCUAAACAUAGACAAAUACCUCAAUCGAAUCACUACUGGACUUGAGGACCUUGAGCUUCUGCUGCAAAGAGUGAAUGACCUGGUGGAGUUUAGAAUUGAUGCUGUUCUCCAGGAAAUGAGCACAACUACGCUGUGUAUGUUGCCUGAAGAUGAGCCAUGCACCUGUGAGGAGUUUGUACAGACCACAAAGGAGCUUUGCAUCAAAGGAGCCCAAAUGCUGCAUACCAAAAGCUCAUUGGUGGAGGAGGCAGCCAAUGAGCUGAUUAAUAUGCUACUGGAAUUUGAGCAGAAGGAAGAAGAUCGGGGUGAGAGCAGGACAGAGAGCAAAGUGGAACAGAUGGAUAGUGAUGAGGAGGAAUGUAAAUCUGAGGGCCGUCUGUUGUCACGUAGCACCAUGGCCCCUAGUGUCGGCCCCUCUUCUCCAAUGAUUAGAAAGAAGAAGAAGAAGGAUCUGAUGAAGUUGAUGGAAGAGGAGGCAAAGGAGCUACUGUCUCAUUUUAACCAUCGAAAUGUGGAUGCAUUACUACGCCUCACCCGUAACACGUUGGAGACUCUGCGCAAACGCAUCCAUGCAACAUCACUGAUGCAUUUCCUGGCAGAAGCAGACUCUUCAAGUCGGCAGAAGGGAAGUGGGCAGCAGCCAAUCUUUAGGGUGGGAGUGUGUUUAGCCAUCCCCAACAUCAUCAUGGUUCCAGGGUUAGAUGAGGUUCAGCAAGCCUUGAACAGAGCUGUGGACUGUGUGGUCAGUGUCAGUAAAGGAGUUGGACAGUGGAGCAAGGAGAGAAUAUCCAAGAAGAAAAUGAGUGAGCGACGCAUGGCUGCUCUGAAACAGAACAGCCAAGAGAGUGAAUCGGAAGACGGCGAUUCAACCUAUCGCAGCUUAGCCGAAGGUAGUACCUCAGAUAUAUCGGCAUCUGCAAACCAGGCCAUUCAUGUCCAAAUGAAGAACUAUCACAAAAGCAUCUCUGAGAACAAAGAGAUUCUCAAGCUGGUCUCUGUGCUUAGUACGUCCAUCAAUUCUACCAAAAAGGAAAUAACGAAUGCUCUGGAUCGCUUCAGUCUCUAUCACCACAUAUGGAAGAAAGAUCGAGAGGAAACCAUCCAGAUAUUCAUCCAAGGGAACCCUCUUCUUUCUGAAUUUGAGUCUCAGAUUCUGUACUACAGGGAUCUGGAGCUAGAAAUUAAUACAGAGCCUGAGUUUAUCUCAGUUGGAGCCCUGGCAUUAUACACAGCGGAUCUGAAAUUGGCUCUUACUGCUGAGACAAAGAGUUGGAUGGUGGAUUUUGGUCACCACUGCAACAGGAAAUAUCGCAUGGAGAUGGAACAGAUCUUCACUUUUAUAGAUGAUGCGAGCAAAAAACUCAACAGACAGAUUAAGGACUUGGAUGAUAUUCGUAUCGCCAUGGCAACACUUAAAGAGAUCAGAGAACACCAGAUAUCCAUAGACUUUCAAGUUGGUCCAAUUGAGGAAUCAUACAGCAUGCUACAUAAAUAUGGAUUGUUGAUUGCCAAAGAGGAAGCAGAUAAAGUGGACACACUUCGGUACACAUGGGAGAAACUGCUUUCCCGUAGCACAGAGGUGCAGAAUGAACUGGUGUCCCUUCAACCAAAUUUCAGAGGGGAGCUCAUCAGAAACGUUGAGAUCUUUGUGGAGGACUGCCAACACUUCUACCACGACUAUGAAGGGGAUGGACCCAUGGUGGUUGGAUUGGCUCCCCAGGAUGCCAGUGACAGGCUUAUUAUGUUUCAGAAUCGUUUUGACAAUCUAUUCCGCAAGUACAUCACAUACACAGGUGGGGAGGAGCUCUUUGGCCUACCAGUUACUCAACAUCCUCAGUUGCUUGAGAUCAGGAAACAGUUGACACUUCUCCAAAAGCUCUAUGGACUUUACAACAGUGUUAUCGACACAGUUAACGGCUACUAUGACAUUUCAUGGGCUGACAUCAAUAUUGACAGAAUCAACAAUGAACUACUUGAGUUUCAGUCGAGGUGCCGUAAGCUGCCACGGGCCCUUAAAGAGUGGCAGGCAUUUCUGGACCUCAAAAAAACGAUUGAUGACUUUAGCGAGUGCUGCCCCCUGUUGGAUCUAAUGACUAACAAAGCCAUGAUGACUCGUCACUGGAAGAGGAUUACUGAGGUUACAGGUCACAUAUUUGAGGUUGAAAUAGAUCCCUUCAAGCUCCGCAACAUCAUGGAAGCCCCACUGCUUAAGUACAAAGAAGAAAUUGAGGACAUCUGUAUUAGUGCUGUGAAGGAGCGUGACAUCGAGCAGAAACUCAAGCAAGUAAUUGCGGAAUGGGACAACAAGACCUUUACUUUUGCACACUUUAAAACCAGAGGGCUCCUUCUGAGAGGUGACAGCACAUCAGAGAUCAUUACUAAUAUGGAGGAUAGCCUGAUGGUGCUUGGCUCACUUAUGAGCAACAGAUACAACACACCAUUCAAAGCUCAGAUCCAGAAGUGGGUUCAGAACCUCUCCAACACAACAGAUAUCAUUGAGAACUGGAUGACUGUGCAGAACCUUUGGAUUUACCUUGAGGCUGUUUUCGUUGGUGGAGACAUAGCCAAACAGCUCCCGAAGGAAGCAAAGCGGUUUUCCAAUAUCGAUAAAUCCUGGGUGAAAAUAAUGACUCGAGCUCAUGAGAUGCCUAAUGUAGUCCAGUCAUGUGUUGGAGAUGAGACCAUGGGUCAGCUGCUGCCUCACCUGCUGGAACAGCUAGAGAUGUGUCAAAAAUCCCUCACAGGGUACCUGGAGAAGAAGCGAUUGCUCUUUCCGCGUUUCUUUUUUGUGUCAGACCCUGCCCUGCUAGAGAUUUUAGGCCAAGCAUCUGACUCACACACCAUCCAGGCUCACCUACUCAACAUCUUUGACAACAUCAAAUGUGUCCGCUUCCAUGAAAAGAUGUAUGAUAAGAUUCUGGCGAUAUCAUCAAGAGAAGGCGAGACAGUUGAGCUGGACAGGCCAGUCAUAGCAGAGGGCAAUGUGGAGGUCUGGCUAAAUGCGCUACUUAAGGAAUCUCAGAGAUCUUUGCACCUUGUCAUCCGUCAAGCUGCACUUGCCAUUCAAGACUCUGGCUUUGAGUUGAUCGAAUUUUUGGACUUCUUUCCUGCACAGGUUGGUUUACUGGGAAUCCAGAUGAUCUGGACGAAGGAUUCUGAGGAUGCUUUGAGCAAUGCCAGAUAUGACCGUAAGAUCAUGGCUAAAACCAACCAUUUUUUUCUUGAGCUCCUCAACAAUUUGAUUGACAUGACCACGAAGGACCUUGGAUCUGUUGAACGAACAAAGUAUGAAACACUAAUCACCAUCCAUGUACACCAGAGGGACAUCUUUGAUGAUUUGUGUCGUUUGCACAUCAAAAGUCCAACAGACUUUGAAUGGCUGAAGCAGUGUCGCUUUUACUUUAAUGAAGACUCGGAUAAGAUGAUGAUCAACAUCACAGAUGUGGGUUUCGUGUAUCAGAAUGAGUUUCUAGGCUGUACUGACAGGCUGGUCAUCACUCCUCUCACUGACAGAUGCUACAUUACUUUAGCUCAAGCUCUGGGAAUGAGCAUGGGUGGAGCCCCAGCUGGGCCGGCUGGAACGGGAAAGACAGAAACCACUAAGGACAUGGGCCGUUGCCUGGGCAAAUAUGUGGUGGUAUUCAACUGCUCCGAUCAGAUGGACUUCAGAGGAUUGGGCAGAAUUUUCAAAGGUCUUGCUCAGUCUGGCUCCUGGGGGUGUUUUGAUGAGUUUAACCGUAUCGACCUACCAGUGCUUUCAGUGGCAGCUCAGCAAAUCGCCAUUGUACUCACCUGCAAGAAAGAACGGAGGAAGAACUUCAUCUUUACGGAUGGAGAUAAUGUGGAGAUGAACCCAGAAUUUGGAAUCUUCCUCACCAUGAAUCCUGGAUAUGCGGGAAGGCAAGAACUUCCAGAGAAUCUGAAAAUUAACUUCCGCUCGGUGGCGAUGAUGGUUCCUGACAGACAAAUAAUUAUCAGAGUGAAACUGGCAAGCUGUGGCUUUAUUGACAAUAUCGAACUAGCCAGGAAAUUCUUCACUUUAUACAAACUGUGCGAGGAGCAGCUCUCUAAGCAGGUCCACUAUGACUUCGGUCUUCGCAAUAUUCUGUCCGUCCCAUGCACACUUGGGGCAGCAAAACGGGCCAAUCCUAAUGACACAGAGUCUACUAUUGUCAUGAGGGUUCUGCGAGACAUGAACCUGUCCAAACUGAUUGAUGAGGAUGAGCCAUUAUUCCUGAGUUUGAUUGAAGAUCUUUUCCUGGAAUUCAAUUGAUAAAGCCGAUACCCUGAUUUGGAGUCAGCCAUAGACAAACAGGUAACUGAGGCUGGUCUGAUCAAUCACCCACCGUGGAGGUUAAAGGUCAUUCAGCUAUAUGAGACUCAGAGAGUCCGCGGCGGAAUGAUGGCACUAGGACCCAGCGGAGCAGAAACAACCUGCAUUCAUACUCUAAUGAAGGCCAUGACCACUGCGUGCCAGCCUCACAGAGAGAUGCGUAUGAACCCUAAAGCUAUAACUGCACCUCAAAUGUUUGGUCGACUUGAUGUGGCUACCAAUGACUGGACUGAUGGAAUCUUUUCCACUCUUUGGAGGAAAACACUCAGAGCAAAGAAAGGAGAACACAUAUGGAUUGUCCUUGAUGGGCCAGUUGAUGCUAUAUGGAUUGAAAACCUAAACUCUGUCCUGGAUGAUAACUGCACACUGACAUUGGCCAAUGGUGAUCUUCCCAUGGCCCCCAAUUGCAAGAUUGUGUUUGAACCACACAACAUCGAUAACGCCUCCCCAGCCACAGUGUCCCGUAAUGGGAUGGUGUUUAUGAGCUCUUCUGUCCUUAACUGGAGCCCUAUUUUGAGGUGGGGCUGGCUGAAGAAACGUUCCUCAGAAGGGGUGGUCCUGAGGGAGCUCUUCUCCUCUUCUUUUCCUGAGCUCUAUCGGUUCAGUGUCCAAUCUUUGCAGUAUAAAAUGGACAUGCUGGAGGCCUUCAUCAUCAUGCAGUGCAUAAAUAUGCUGCAAGGACUCAUUCAGCCCAAGGAGCAGGGAGGGGAGCUGUCUCGUGAACACAUGGAGCGUUUGUACGUCUUUGCUCUGAUGUGGAGUGUGGGAGCCCUAUUGGAACUGGAUGAUCGAAUGAAAUUAGAGAGAUGGCUCCGCCACCAUGACAACAUUCGCCUGGACCUUCCCAAUCCUCCCCACAACGAGGACACUAUGUUCGACUAUUAUGUCACUAAUGAUGGCCACUGGGUUCACUGAAUACCAGGAGUGGAAGAGUAUAUUUACCCACCUGACUCCACACGUGAGUAUGGAUCCAUACUGGUGCCCAAUGUAGACAAUGUCCGCACUGACUUUCUCAUCCAGACCAUUGCAAAGCAGGGCAAGGCUGUGCUUUUGAUAGGGAGGAGCAGUGGGCACUGCCAAAACAAAUCAUCAUCAAAAGGCUACUUGUCUAAAUAUGACCCAGAGUCCCACACCGCCAAGAGUCUCAACUUCUCUUCUGCCACUCACACCUUUUAUGUUUCCAGAUUCUGUGAAAGUUAUGUAGAUAACGGUGGGUGCCACGGACCUCCGGCAGGGAAAAUGUCCGCCUUUGUUGAUGACAUCAUUAUGCCUGUGAUCAAUGGGUGGGGCGACCAGGUAGAAAUUUUCGGCCUUCUGAUGGAGCAAAGCAGUUUCUUUAACCUGGAGAAACCAGGAGGAAGUUCCUGCAUUGUGGAUAUACAAUUUCUGGCGGCUACUGAUCCACCCUGGAGAGAGAUGAAAUGACAUCCCCAGAGACUGAAGAGACAGUUUUCUAUUUCGCUGUUCUCUUUGCUUCAAUCAUCGAUAGACAAGAUAUUUAUUCUGGUCAUUACUGGUACCCCUGUCGAGUUUUCAGAAGAAAUCAACACAGUAGUCAGGCUUGUUUCACUGGCCAGAGGAACUAUAGCAAUUAAUAAAGUCAAAAUGCUGCCCGCUCCUACCAUUCACUACAUUUUAACCUCGUGGCCUCUCCACGCAUCCUGGCAGGAAUGCUCAAGCGUUAAAAUGCAUGCAAAGGAAGUGGGGCGUGGAAAGCAGAGGGAAGGAGCUGACAGUCAGAACUCUGGGAGAGGGGGCUCCUCUGCUGGUGUGGCGUUACAGCACCCUCAGGAGCACAUCACAGUGCUCUCGUGUAGUGCGUCCCACGUCGUAGCCCUCCCAGUCCACCAAAUAUUGGAGCUGGCCCCGCAGUCUUCUGGAGUCCAGGAGCACAGUGACAAUGUCGCGGUGAUCCAUCUACAUCAGCGAUUGGUGGUAGUUCCUCGGCUCGGCAUGGGGUCAGCAUCCGAGUGGGCGGGUUUGAGGGCGACCGCGGACAUGGGCAUUGUCCCACACCCUCUCCUCGCUGAAUCCAGUCGUGCCGGGGCGGGUACAGAAGAUGGUUCUCGGACCCACUGCGGGAACAAGGGGUUGGUAGCCAAGCACACACUGAAGGCAGGGGUUAAUCCUGUGGAUGGUUGUAGAGACAGUGAUUCGGCCAGAACUGGAGACCAGUGUGUGGAGUUCCCCCGUGGUUCCAAGAAAAGCUUGGGUCCGCAGGUGUUUAAGAAAGCCAUGGGUAUCAAGGAUGAUUUCAUGCCCGGAUUUGACAUGCCAAAGAGUAUAUGUUACAUUAAAUCCUUUGAUAGUCUAAUGGAGAGGUUGAACUUGUUUGCGAGUCAUUAUAACGAGAGCAUUAGAGGAGCAGAUAGAUCUGAUUUGCCUGGAUCAUCAAAUUCCCCUAGAAAUGCCUACUGGUGGUGUAGGGGAUCUGGAAAACAGAGUCUGACAAGACUGGCAUCUUUCAUCGCGGAUACAAGACUUUCCAGAUUACACUCUACCCGUUCCUACAACACCCUCAGCCAGUGGAGGACCUGAAGAGGACUGUACAGGACCGCCGGACAACAGGGCAAAGGCAUCAGCUUUAUUUUCAUGACAUGAGAUCAGGAUGAAUCCUUCCUGGAGUACAUGAACAACGUCCUUUCAUCAGGGAGAGUGUCCAAUCUGUUUGCUCGAGAUAGGAGGCAAGUUAUCAGUGACCUUAUUCCAGUCAAGCGGAAGUUUCCACGGCGGCCGCCCACAGUAAGAAACCUACGUGGGUAUUUUACUUAGACAGAGUGGGGAAGCCAGAACCUUCAAGUAGUUCUGUGCUUCUCUCCCAGUUGGCGAGAGGUUCCGUGUCGAGCUUUGAAGUUUCCUGCUCUCAUUUCAGAGGGUGCACCAUGGACUGGUUUAACUUCGUGGCCCAAAGAUGCUCUGAUGCAUGGGUCAUUUCAGAGCACUUCCCCAUAUACCUUAACUUGUGACAUAGACUGCACUCCUGAAGUCAAAGCGAUGGUUCAGUGUGUGGGAGCUCUUUUCAGGAUAAGGGUGGCAGAAAAAUGUGCAGAUUGUUUUCAGAGAAGUACCGACGUUCACACAUGUCACACCCGGAAAUCCUACUUGUCCUUCAUAUUACAGACCAUCUACAAGAAAAGCCUCCAGAAGUUCCAGACUCUUGCAGACAAGAUGAACACUGGCCUUAAACUAGGAGGCCUCUCAGUCUGUGCUGCCACCAGCCAAGAACUGGAAGUGAAGGAGAAAGAGCUUCAAAUUGCCAAUGGGAGAGAGGCUGAUAUGGUAAAUUUGAGAGUGACUGUGAAGGCUCAAGCUGGAAAGGUCAAAGUCGAGUUCAGAAGAUUAAGAUAAAGCACGAAUAUAGUGGACAGCAUCUCUGCAGACAAGGCUAUUGCUGAGAAGUUAGAAGCAGCAAGGCCUGCUCUGGAAGAGAGCUGAGGCCACUACAGACCCAUAAAGCCAUCAGAUAUUGCAGUGCGAACACUGGGCAGACACUUACCUCAUCAUGCGCAUUGCAUGGAUUGUGUGUUGUGUCUUCAGAGAGAGGAAGUGAACACUGUGAAAAAUGAAUCCUGGGAAAACUGCUCGCACCCUCCUGGCAAAGUCCUCAAACUCAUGACUGCCAGCAACCUGGGCGAUCUACAGCAAUUCCCCAAGACCUGCAUCAAUGAGAAGUGGUGGAACUCCUCCACGUGCUUUGACAUGGCAGACUAUAACAUUGAAACAGCCAAAGGUGUGCAAUGUUGCGGGGGCCACACUAUCUUGAGACCAGCGAUGGCUGCUUUCUUCUCUAUCAAUAAAGAAGUGCUCCCCCUCAGGCUAAUCUGGCAGUUGCAGGAGAACAGGCUGGCCAUACUUCAUGUGGACCUGAAAGCCCAGGCAGAACUAGAUGCUAAACAAGCAGGCUGGAUGUAAUUCAGAAGCUAUGAGUAUAAGAAGGCUAUGAUGGAAAAACAGACUUUACUGGAGGAUGCAGAAAGUGUCGACACAAGAUGCAAACGCGUCUGGUUUGAAGUCAGUGGGCUGCUUGGGGAGAAGGAGGCGCUGUUACAGCUGAGUAAAGAGUUUACUGCUCAAAGACUACGUGCUCCUGGCCACAACUUCCUGUCAUACUCUGGACCUUUUAAUCAGAAUUUGCAACUCCUCCUCACUGAUUGGCAGAAAGAGAGUAGAAGUCCCGUCUGAUUCAUACUAGUUAAUCUGAAUCUCACUGGAAAUGUUAAUUGUGCUCCCUCGGUAAGUGAAUGGAACCUACAGGUUCCCAAUGAUGACCUAUCCAUCCAGAAUGGAAUUAUUGUUACAAAGGCUGCCAGGUUUCCCCUGUGGUGACCCCAAACCCAGGGGAAAGAUCUGGAUCAAGAACAAGAGAGUCAGAAUAGACUUCAGAUCACCUCAUUGAAUCACAAAUACUUCAGAAACCAUCUAGAGGACAGUUUAUCUCUUAGGCAUCCUCUGCUCAUUGAAGAUGUUGAGGAAGAGGAACUAGAUCCUGCCCUGGACAAUGUCCUAGAAGAACUUCAUCAGACUAAGUUCACAUAUAAAGGUAUUUUAGGUGAUAAAGAAGUGGAUGUAAUGAGGUUUCCGUCUUUAUGUGACCACUGACUGCCCAGCCCAGCAUACACUCCAGAGAUCAGUGCACGAGACUUGUCCAUUAUCGACUUCACCCCGUUACUGCCGAGGGGCCUGGAAGAUCAGCUACUGGGAAGAGUUAUUCUCACUGAGAAGCAAAGUAUGGAACUGGAGAAAGGCGGACUGACCUGUUGGAGAGAUGUGACAGCCAAUAAACGUAAAAUGAAGAUGGGGAUAAUUUACUUUAGGUUGGCCUAGCCACGCAGGGAGCUCACAGUGGAUGUGAGCCUCAUCACAGUGCUGGGAAACCACAGAAGCACUGCAGAAGAGGUCACACAGGAAACUAGGUCCUUGGCUGAGACUGAAAUCCAGAUUAGUCUGACCCGUAGGGAAUAUAGACCCGUUGCCACAAGAGGAAGCAUUUUGUACUUUCUGAUCACGGAGAUAGGCAUAGUGAGCGUGAUGUAUCAGACCUCUCUCACUAAAUCCUUUUGUAACCUUGUGUCAUUCUCUUGUGGAAAUAGGUCCUCAAAGAGUCCAAUCACAAGCAAGCGGAUCGCCAACAUCAUUGAGUACAUGACCUUGAGAAUUUUUCGUAUGCAGCACAAAGAGGUUAUAUCUGAAGAACACAAAUUCCUAUUCCGCCCCUGCUGCUCCACUCUCCAGAUCAACAUGCAGAGCAACAGGGUCAAACACGAGAGUUUCUGACCCUCAUUAAAGGUCAAAGCUUCCAGCUCCCACAAGUCUCUCUCUCUUCCAAAGCUUCAGUGGAUCCUGGACAUAACUGUAAACAACCUGGUGGGGCUAAGCAAACUGUGGCAGUUCUCUGACAUUUAGAUCAGUGUAUUCUGACGUCGCGACAAUUGGAAGAACUGGUUUGAUCGUGAAGCACCAGAAGAACCAAUCCCAAACUUAUGUAGUCAGGCUUUUGGACUGUUUCAGUGACUGCUUUUGGUGAUCUGAAAUUGUCCAGAUAGAACCAUUGCUCAGGCCUGAAAGUACAUCAUGCACUCAAUGGGAGGCUCCUGCUGAAGAGUGAUUCUGGACUUGGAAGACCGGAGGCCGGACCCUCGCACUCCUCUUAUCUGCUUCUAUCCAUGGUUUCCAGACAGACCAAUCGCGCCUUAGGAAAGCGACAGAAGGUGUGAGCCCGUUCACGUCUCAAUGGGACAAGGGCAGGAGGUUCAUGCUAUGAAACUACUGCAGCACUCUAUGGCUAAUGGAGGAUGGAGCUUGCUUCAGAACUAUCAUUUGGGUCUGCAUUUUAUGGAUGAACUCAUGGAUACAAUCACAGAGACAGACAGCGUUCAUGACACCUUCAGACUAUGGAUGACCACUGAGGUUCACAGAUAUUUUCCUAUCACUCUCCUGCAGAUGUCAAUCAAAUUUACCAACGAGCCUCCUCAGGGAUUGAAAGCUGGACUUAAGAGGACUUAUGGAGGUAUCAGUCAGGAUCUUCUGGAUGUGAGUAACAUGGUCCAGUGGAGGCCUAUGUUGAAUGGAGUGGCAUUCCUCCAUUCCACUGUCCAAGAAAGGCGAAAAUACGGACCUUUAGGUUGGAACAUUCCUUAUGAGUUUAACCAGGCUGACUUCAACGCAACAGUACAGUUCAUCCAGAAUCACCUGGAUGAUAUGGACAUCAAGAAAGGUGUGUCAUGGAACACCGUAGACGAUACAUGAUUGGCGCAGAUCCAGUAUGGCGGUAGGGUGACUGAUGACUAUGAUAGCGCUCUCUUGAACACCUUUGCAAAGGUGUGGUUCAAUGAAAACAUGUUCAGCCCUGAUUUCAACUUCUACAAAGACUACAGUAUUCCCAGAUGCAAUAGCGUGGACCAGUACCUUCAAUAUGUGCAGAGUCUCCCCACACAUGGCUUGCAGAGGUGUUAGGCUGGCCUCCACCCAAAAUACCAGACAUAUCACCUACCAAAAAGUAAACUACGCCAAGAAUGUACCUGGAACACUGUCCUGAGCAUCCAAGCAAGGGCGGCUCCAGCGGACGCAGAGACAGGGAGAAGCGGUGUGGAGUGCAAACCUGCAGAUGACAUGCUGGAGAAACUGCCUCCAAGAUUUUUGUACCAUCUGAGAGAAAGAUUGAUGAACAUGGGUCCCCUUCAGCCCAUGAACAUUUUCCUGGACAGGAAAGUUGAUCGCAUGCAGAGAGGUGUUCUGGUCAGAAGCAAGCGUAGUGACCUGAAACUGACCAUUGAUGGAACCAUCAUUAUGAGUGAAAGUCUGCGAGGCGCACUGGACUGCAGCAUGUAUGACCUUGGUACUGCACGCUGGAAAAAAGGCCUCUGGGCUUCCACCACGUUGGGGUUUUGGUUCACAGAGUUGCUGGAGCGGAACCGACAGUUCCACUCUUGGAUUCUGGAGGGACGACCCAACUGCUUUUGGAUGACAGGCUUCUAACCACAGGGGUUUCUAACAGCUAUGAGACAGGAGAUCACUCAGGCUAACAAAGGGUGGGCGUUGGACCGUAUGGUUUUGUGUAAUGAAGUUACAAAAUGGAUGAAGGAUGACAUCACACAGCCUCCUGCAGAGGGGGUGUAUGUUUAUGGCCUCUACCUGGAAGGGGCCAGCUGGGACCGCAGGAACUGCAAGCUCAUUGAUUCAAAACCAAAAGUACUGUUCGAGAUGAUGCCGUGUGUGUCGUGGGAUGUGCGCCCAGAGAAUAACGGUGUCAAAGACCCUCGCUUGUAUUCAUGUCCAAUAUAUAAAAAGCCUGUUCGAACGGACCUGAACUACAUUGCAGCUGUUGACCUGAGAACCAGUCACCCGCCAGAAUACUGGAUCCUGAGAGGAGUGGCCCUGCUCUGUGAUGUCAAAUAAUCUUUUUUUUUUUUAAAUGAUUGUGCACAAAUGUAGGAAUUGUGUGGCUGAUCUAUUUGUGCAUUUGAACUGAUGAAUACCUUGAACACUUAUAUAAAUAAACAUGCACAGC